GCGCGCUCGCGCUCACCACAUGCGCGUCGCCAUUGAUGCGACGCGAUGCUUCCUCGCGCCAACGCCAACGCCAACGCCCAUGAACCCACGCCGCGCCCGUGCCGCGUCCCCGUCGCCGCCGCCGCCGCCCUCCUCAUCGCGUCCUCCUACCUCGCCCUCACCUACCUCGCCGCCGCCGCGCCGCUCGCCGCGCUGAUCGGCCAUGGCGCCGCCCCUGCAAGCCGGGACAGCAGAAGCAGCUGCGCCGGGUUCUACCGCGGCGGGUCGUCGGGGCGGCGCGCGGUGUCGGCGUCGGUGGAGGAGUUCGGGGCCGUGGGGGAUGGGGUCACGUCCAACACGGCGGCGUUCCGGCGCGCGGUGGCCGUGCUCGACGCGAGGGCCGCGGGCCGCGGCGCCAGGCUGGAGGUGCCGCCGGGGAGGUGGGUCACGGGGAGCUUUAACCUCACCAGCCGCUUCACGCUCUUCCUGCACCACGGUGCAAUCCUCCUUGGCUCCCAGGAUCCAGAAGAAUGGCCUCUCAUAGCCCCGUUGCCAUCGUAUGGGCGUGGACGGGAAAGAUUAGGACCACGCCACAUCAGCCUAAUCCAUGGAGAGGGCCUAAAUGAUGUUGUUAUUACUGGUGACAAUGGGACCAUAGAUGGCCAAGGCAGGAUUUGGUGGGACCUAUGGUGGAAUCGAACGUUGAACCACACAAGAGGCCAUCUUAUUGAGCUAGUUAAUUCAACCAACAUCAUGAUCUCCAAUAUCACUCUACGAAACUCCCCAUUUUGGACAGUGCACCCCGUCUACUGCAGGAACGUGGUGAUAAGGAAUUUAACUGUACUGGCCCCCUUGAACGCUCCAAACACUGAUGGCAUUGAUCCAGACUCGAGCUCAGAAGUUUGUAUUGAAGACUGUUACAUUGAAAGUGGAGAUGAUCUAGUUGCUAUCAAGAGUGGCUGGGAUCAGUACGGCAUCUCAGUAGGGAAACCCAGCUCAAACAUCAUCAUCCAGAGGGUCUCAGGCACAACUCCAACAUGCUCAGGCGUGGGUUUGGGGAGCGAGAUGUCCGGUGGAAUAUCCAAUGUCAUUGUUCGCGACCUGCACAUAUGGAAUUCCGCGCAAGCGGUGAGGAUAAAAUCCGACGUAGGGCGUGGUGGGUACAUAACCAACAUCACCAUUGAGAAUAUCAGCAUGGAGAAGGUCAAGGUACCCAUAAGAUUCAGCCGCGGUGCAGAUGAUCAUUCAGACGACAGGUAUGACCGAAGUGCGCUGCCAAGAAUCAGCGACGUCCGCAUCAGAAACGUCGUCGGUGUGGAUCUGCAGCGCGCACCGAUUCUGGAGGCGGUCCACGGUGCAGUGUAUGAAGGAAUCUGCUUCAGAAAUGUUAGCUUGAGGGUGAUAAGGCGUCAGGAUAGAUGGCAAUGUGAGUCUGUGUAUGGAGAGGCGCAUGAUGUUUUUCCAGCGCCGUGUGAAGAGUUCAGGAGAAAUGGCUCGUCUUGGUGUGGCCAUUCUUGAGAAAGUGUACAGAAGCCAGAAGUU